AUGAUGACUACGGCGGUUCAGCCGUCUUCCGAAGUAUCUGGAUUCGGAGGCGGACCUGCAGAUUCAAGAGCGUCGGAUUUAAUUCAAUUUCAAGAAAUUAUGUCUGAAUCGAACGAAUCUUCGUCUUCUUCCAGUCACACUAAUCUUACUGCCAAUACUUCGAAUGUGUUGCCACGUGGGAGUAAUGAACAGAGUCCAGUAGAUGACCCAUCACAUGUCUAUACGAACAUAAGAGAAAUUGAGGAAUUGAACAGUCGUCCUGUUCCACCAACUCCUCGAAAUGAUGCACAGCCUAGAAGAGAUCUUCUGAAUGGAUGGUAUGAGUACGAAACCGAUGUUGGUCGCACGUUUUUUUAUAACAAAGAAACCGGUAAAAGCCAAUGGAUUCCUCCAAGGUUUAUUAGAACGCCAGCACAGGUUCAGGAGUUUCUUCGCGCAACACGAACGAAUCUUGACACAACGUUCAGCUUUCAAGGAACUUCAACUUUGUCUUCUGAGGAACAGAAAGAAAAUAAAGAAGAUAAGUCAAAUGAAGAUGAUAGAAAAAGUCAAUCUGUUGAAGACGAAGAAGUGUUCGAUGAAAUUUGUGACGUCGAGGAGGAAAAAGAGACCUUUUUUGAACCCCCAUCUCGGCCGCUACCAAUUCCAAGUUCGACGGACGAUGAAGAAGAUAUCAACAUUGAACAGAAAUCAGCUGAACAGCAUGUAGAGAAUGGUGACGAUGGAUUCUCCGAUUCAGAUUUCGAAGAAGAAUACCAAGCUCCAACAACGUCAAGGAAAAUUUCUAGUGCAUCAGGGGCAAUGAUUCAUCAUCCUUACGUUCAAAUGUCUACGUUUCAAUCAACAUUUCCCAGAAGUAAAGACGAAGACAAUGAUAAACAUGCUCCCUACAUGGUCCCGCCUGAUGCAAACGAAUCCACAAAAGCAUCAAAUCCAAUCCGCGUUCGUCGUCCAUCCCCUUCAAGUCUUCGAUCAGUUUCCUUUCAAAACAAAUGCACAGUACUGAAAAACGUACCGAUGCCACAAGUACUUCCAACAACAUCCACCAGUUAUGAUCUUCCACAAUAUCACAACACACCAGAUCGACCUUCUUUCGUGGAAGACUCUGUCGAAUUUACACAGUCUUUACGAUGUGAAGAACGGAGAGGAAGCAGUGAAGGACGGGAACCUGUUCGAACGAUUCGAUGUGGUGAUAUGGAAAGAAGUGAAAAAGAAGAGCAAUUAGAAAAGUCGAUUAAACCGAAAAAAAAGGAGUGGAUCAUGAACUAUAUGUAUUUGACAACAGCCCAUUUAAUACUGUAUAAAGACCAGAAAAGUGCAGAGAAGCACGGCAAGCAUUACGAUGCCCCUCAAGGUGUUUGGGACCUACGCGGAGCAACUGUAACGUGGUAUCAAGAUGAUCGUGAUUUUCUAAAGAAAAAGCAACGGAAAUAUAUUCAACUUGAGUUAUGUAACACCAAAAAAUACCUGUUGAGAUGUUCCAAUGAUACAGAAGUCGUAGAAUGGUACAAGUCUCUCGUGGAAGUUGUGGAAAAAUUGCCUGCGCCCGGAUCUUCCAACCAAGCAAUGAUUGAUGUGACAAAUAGUAUUGCUCGUAAUCCAUCAUAUAUUGGCAGUACGCGACCACUUUCUCAUGCAUUGAUUCCAAUAAGUAGAAGUAUGCGCCGUCGUGAUGAUCCAAUGUCUCAAUCAGCAAUUGAAUCAAUGUCGACUAGCGCAACAGUGGAUGAAUCAAGACCAUCAAAAGAAACUAUACUUGAAAAGCUGAGGAGGUUUUUCCGUACCCGUCCGACUGUGGAGAGUUUAAAAGAAAAAGGCAUUUACAAACCAGAACCAGUAUUUGGAUCAACCCUCUCUGCUAUCUGUCAACAUGAAAAUUCUUUGGUUCCAAAGUUCAUAAGAGUUAUCACAGAAGUCAUAGAAAGUAAAGGAUUAGAAACUGACGGAAUAUACAGAGUUAGUGGAAAUCUAUCUGCGGUCCAAAAAAUUCGAUGUCAGGCCGACCAAGAUAAUUACAAAGCUCUUGUUGCCGAAGAAGAUAUUCAUGUUCUAACAGGAGCUCUCAAGUUGUUUUUCCGUGAACUUUCGGAUCCUCUCUUCCCUAUCUCACUUCAUAAAGAAUACACAUCAGCGAUGCAAAUGCCAAACGCAACAAAUCGGUUCAAGAAGUUUGAAGAACUGCUCGGUCGCUUGCCUAAUGAAAAUCGUGAAACGUUGAAAAUGUUGCUUCGUCACUUGAACAGAGUUGCUUCUCAUUCUUCACAAAAUCGAAUGCAACAACAUAAUCUGGCCAUAGUUUUCGGUCCAACUUUGUUCCACAAUGGAGACGGAGCCGUCAAUUCUGCUGCAAAAAACAAAAAAGCAGCAAAAAAGACUAAACCUUCAAAAAAGGAAGAAUCUCAACAAACUCCAAUUCAAUCAAACUCCCAUCUUGCCUUUUCGAUGAUAAUGCAGUCUCAAAUCGUUCAAUAUCUUCUCGAGUCUGCCAACAAGUUCGAUAUUCUCAAAGCACCAGUCAAUAUUGGGCGAUAA